AUGACUGCUUACAGAGAGAGAGAGAGAGAGAGAGAGAGAAUUGAACACGAACACGAUGGUGUCUCUGCGGUUCGAGGCGGUGAACACGAUGGAGAUUGGGGAGCUCUGAUCUUCAAUCAGUUUCACCACCAUAUCUCUCCAUCUGCGAGCGACUACAAGUUCCAGCGCAAAGUUGUUCAUCAGAAGGGAAUUUGCUUUAGCAAUACUGAGAGGCUUGGCUUGGAGGGUUUACCUGUUGUCAUCUCUUUUUGGUCUUCUCCCACAGGUGGAAGAUUGAAAGAGAAGGAAAGGGGACAGAGUGUUUGUUGAGAGGCGUUCAUCAAAAUCCUCAUCUUCAACACCGGAAAAUGACAUGCUAGAUUACCUUUUCUCUAGAUAGUUAGGUUGGGAACUUGGGAUUCUAUAUCUGGAGAAGACCAUUCUAUUUCACUGGAGGGGAAAGUUUUUUUCAAGCCUUGGCGCUACCUUUGAUCUUUAUAUAACUCAGGGAUAAGCAUUAAGUCCCUUGCAAAAGUAGUUGGAUAAUAGAAAUACUUAUGUGCUUUCAUCCAACAGUAGAAGGGUAACGGUAAACAUAUUUUUGUCAAAAGUAUUGUGACAUUUCGUUGACCUAACUAUCUUUUUAGAUGUACAGUUGCAAAAUGCAUUUGAAGCUGUAAUGUAGAUGUGAUGAUGAAUACUACCACUAAUAGAAGAAUUGGAGUGAAGUCAUUGUUGAGUUCCUAUAGGAGUACUGAUGUAUUAUAGGAAAGGAAGAUAUGAUACUAGCGCAUUUGAUUGUGCUUUAUAGUGAAUAUGAAGUAAAAAGAUGGAAGACUUUUACACUAGCA